AGUCCUCCCGUCCUUCUCUUCCUCCUCCUCCUCCAUUACGUCUUCCUUCCACUGUGCUCUGAGAAAAGAGCUAUAGCAAUAGCUGGCAAAGGAAAUGGAGUCGGACGGGAGCCAAGCCCUUCCUCUCAGAAGAGGGUUGGCCGCUUUCUCCUCAAGUUCUUUGGUUGCGCAUUCCUCCUGGCCUUCUCCUACCGCCGCCUCCUCUUCUCGGGUGCCACCGGCUUCUUCGUCUUCUCCAGCUCCCCUGCCUCGGAGAUACAAGCAGCUAAAGGUGGGAACUUGAGGAGAGUUUCAGAUUAUCCUUCAAUGGAGAAGACAGAUGCCCCAUAUACUCGACUUGCAGAAAUGGUAUUGCAUGGUAGGAAAGGAGAUUCUCUAAAAGAACAAUGUGACCUAUUCUCUGGAGAGUGGAUUCCAAAUUCUUCAGGACCGCCUUACACCAAUUCAAGCUGCAGUGUCAUAUAUUCAGCUCAAGAUUGUUUGACAAAUGGGAGGCCUGAUACAGGAUACCUUUAUUGGAAAUGGAAACCUUAUGGUUGUGACUUAUCUCCAUUUGAUGCAGAGAAAUUCUUGAAAAUCAUGCGAAAUAAAUCUUGGGCAUUCAUUGGUGAUUCCAUUUUCCGAAACCAGGUGGACUCAUUGCUUUGCCUUCUUUCCCAGUUUUUCUGGAAUAUAAUUUUAGAAAAAGAAUUUGCAGUGAUAAACUUCUACCCUAGUCCUCUUGCUCUUCUUAGACCUCUUAAUCUGUUGCCAAAGGAUGAUGGAGAUCGCCCUUUUGGAAUCAAGUUAGGAGUCUGGUAA